AUGCGUCUGUCGGGCCUUCAAAAAGAAGUUUUGGCUUUGUACCGCCAAUGCCUCCGGGAGAGCCGCAAGAAGCCCGUGGAGACGAGGCCGAAUUUCGAAAAGUUUUCCCGAGCGGAGUUUACGCGGCAUCUGACUGUCGAGAAGCGAGAUUUCGCCGCGAUUGAGUUCCUCCUCCGCAAGGGUAAGCGCCAAUUAGAGCUUUAUUCCUCCCCGGGAAUCAAAGAUGUCAGGUAA